UUAGUGUAAAAAUGGUUGAUUAUAAAGCCUUAUUAUUGGGCAGUGGGGGAUCCAGCCAUUUUCCAUUUUAAAAAAUGUGGGGUCCUCAACCAAGGAUAAAGGAGGGUUCCAGCUAUAUAUGUCCCCAUUCAAAUGCAUUGAUCGGGAACAACAAAAAAGGGGGAGGGGGAUUCCAACCCACAGACCCCCCUGGAUCCGCCAAUAUAGGGUUGACUGUGAAUGGGUGCGAACGUAACUGGAUUUAUUCAAAAACAGAAAUGUGUCCAAUGGCAAUGAUCUUACAUGUAUCUAUAUUUACAAGGGAUAAAAAUUACAACGUAAGAGUACCAAUGCAAAUUGAACCUUUUUUGACAGGAUUUUCACCUACAGCUACAUGUAUGAUCAUUUAAUUUACAUGUAUGAUCCAGAUAAAGGUUUCUAUUGACCAUUAAAUGACCCUUUGUGAAGCUGUGCCUAUUUAGAUAGUAGAUACAACAGAAUGUCACUAGAUACUUGGAGUGAAGUUUGUCUUAUUAUUACCAAUGAUGUCCAAGAGGAAGCAAGCUAUGAUGAAGAUAAUGAGAACCAAGCCAUGGAAGUUUCUUGCAAUGGACAGAAUAUAGGAAAUGAGUCCUUUGCAGAUACUACACUUGAUGGAAAGUACAUGAUCAUGAUGAAUGUAAAAUCAAAUGAAGAUAAUAUACAAGAUAUGAAAAAUGAAUCUGUCAAUGACAUUGGAGAAGAUACAGAAAAUAUAUCUGAAAGAAGAGAUGUGGAAGAGAAAUUGAUUGAGGAUAAAGAAAAAGAUGAAUCAGUAGAAGAUAAAGGAGUAGUUAUAAAACAUGAACCAAUUGAAGACAAAGAAAUAGACAAAAACCAUGAAUCAAUUCAAGAUAAAGAAGAAGAUAUAAAAGAUGAACCAAUUGAAGAUAAAGAGAUCGAUAUAAUAGAUAAGUCCAUUGACGAGAAAGGAGAAGAUAUAAAAGAUGAACCGAUUGAAGAUAAAGAGAGGGAUAUGAUAGAUAAGUCCAUUGAAGAGAAAGGAGAAGAUAUUAUAGAUGAAUCAAUUGAAGAGAAAGAAAGAGAUAUAAAUGACGAAUCCUUUCAAGACAUAGCUGACAGUUCCUCUGAUCCCAGUGAAAAUGAAAGUACUAUUGAUCCCCAUUGUGAAAAGUGUGGGAAAAAAUUAGGAAAUAGAUUACACACUAAAAGUGUUUCUAAAGUUAAAAAAUACCUUUCUAAAAAAGAUUCUCAAGUUGAUGCUGAAGAUACAAGUAAUAUGUGUAUAGCUUGUAGGCAGGACCUUUUAUUCAGAAAUUCUGUUGCAGAGUUCAUUGACCCAGAAACUGAAGAUAAAACAUUUAUGUGUAAAAUAUGUCAGAAAAUAUUUACAACUCGUUCUAAUAUAAGGAGGCAUGUUAAUAGGCAUGCAGGAAAAAGGAAAUAUCCAUGUCAAAUUUGUGACAAAGUAUUUACUCAAAACGCAGACUUAAGAAGACAUGGAAGGACACAUACACAGGACAAACCUUUCAGUUGUAGUACAUGUGGGAAAAAGUUUCGCCAAGUAUCAAACUUAAAAAUUCAUUGUCUAAUACAUGAAGAACAAAAACCGUUUAUGUGUGAUCAUUGUGGUAAGGGGUUUACACAGUUAGGAAACUUGCAAACCCAUCUGAAUGUGCACGAAGGUCAUAAAACUCAUAUAUGUGAUUCGUGUGGCAAGGGAUUCUCUACAACUUCCCUGCUGAAAUCUCACAUACGAGUCCAUACUGGUGAGAAUAAUGAACGACCAUUUUGUUGUAAAAAAUGUGACAAAAGUUUUCCAAGCCAGUAUCAACUUAAAUGCCAUAAUCGAAUACAUUCGGGGGAGAAACCCUACAAGUGCCAAGUUUGUGAGAAAGGAUUUUCUCAGAGUUGUGAUUUAACGAGACAUAAAAACGUACAUACGGGUGAAAAACCACAUAAAUGUGAGAAAUGUGGUUAUUCCUGCUCACAGAAAUCUUCACUCAAAAUACACGAUAGAUCACACACUGGCGAAAAGCCUCACUGCUGUUCUGUUUGUGGUAAAGGAUUCGCUCAGCCUGAUUCUCUUGUGAGACAUAUUCGAACUCAUACAAAAGAGAAACCAUAUGUUUGCACUUUAUGUGGCAGAGGGUUUGCACAAUCUGCAAAUCUUAAAUCACAUAUUGCAACACACAAAAGUCUAUAGACAGUGACGUUGUUCCACCUAAAUAGAAAUUUGAUUUACAUGAACAUUUUUUAUAAUUACAUGUUUAUAUAUCGUAUACAUGCACAUGUAACAUGUGUAAGAUGAAGCCUUUUUAUUAGCUCACCUGGCCUAAAAGGCCAAGUGAGCUUUUCUCAUCACUUGGCGUCCAUCGUCUGUCGUCGUUAACUUUUAAAAAAAUAUUCCCCUCUGAAACUACUGGGCCAAAUUUAAACCAAACUUGGCCACAAUCAUCAUUGAUGUAUCUAGUUUAAAAUUUGUGUUUUUUGACCGGCCAACCAAUCAAGAUGGCCGCCAUGGUUAAAAUAGAACAUAGGGGUAAAAUGCAGUUUUUGGCUUAUAACUCAAAAACCAAAGCAUUUAGAGCAAAUCUGACAGUGUAAAAUUGUUUAUCAGGUCAAGAUCUACCUACCCUGAAAUUUUCAGAUGAAUCAGACACCCCAUUGUUUGGUUGCUGCCCCUAAAUUGGUAAUUUUAAGGAAAUUUUACUGUUUUUGGUUAUAAUCUUGAAUAUUAUUAUAGAUGGAGAUAAACUGUAAACAGCAAUAAUGUUCAGCAAAGUAAGAUUAAUAAAUAAGUCAACAUGACCAAAAUGGUCAGUUGACCUCUUUAGGAGUUAUUGCCCUUUAUAGUCAAUUUUUAACCAUUUUUCGUAAAUCUCCAUGAUCUUUUACAAAAAUCUUCGCCUCUGAAACUACUGGGCCAAAUAAAUCCAAACUUGGCCACAAUCAUCAUUGAUGUAUCUAGUUUAAAACUUGUGUUUUUUUACCAGGCCAACCAAACAAAAUGGCCACCACUGCUAAAAAUAGAACAUAGAGGUUAAAUGCAGUUUUUGGUUAUUACUCAAAAACCAAGGCAUUUAGGGCAAAUCUGACAGAGUAAAAUUGUUUAUUAGGUCAAGAUCUAUCUGCCCUGAAAUUUAAGUUGAAUCAGACAACUCGUUAUUAGGUUGCUGCCCCUAAAUUGGUAAUUUUAAGGAAAUUUUGCUGUUUUGGGUUAUUAUCUUGAAUAUUAUUAUACAUAGAGAUUAACUGUAAACAGCAAUAAUGUACAGCAAUUUAAGACUCAAAAAUAAGUCAUAAUGACCAAAAUGGUCAAUUGACCCCCUAAGAAGUUAUUGUCCUUUAUAAUCAAUUUUUAACAAUUUUCAUAAAAUUUGUAAAUUUUUACUAACAUUUUCCACUGAAACUACACGGACAAGUUCAUUAUAGAUAGAGAUAAUUGUAAGCAGCAAUAAUGUUCAGUAAAGUAAGAUGUUCAAACACAUCACAAUCACCUAAACACAAUUUUGUCAUAAACUGUCUGCUUCCUUUGUUUAAUUUACAUAUACCAAGGUGAGCGACACAGGCUCUUUAGAGCCUCUAGUUUGCAAUCUUAAGAAUUUCAUAUUUUUUUUAGAUGAUCACUUCGAUAAAGAUUUUAUUUGUUUAAAAGAAACAAAACUGUCUAAAAUAUAGUGAUUUCUUUGAAAUAUUACUAUUUAUAUAUUUGUCUGGCUAUUAAUUAUUAAGUCUCUCAAGAUCACAUGAUUUUAUUUUGUACAAAUUAAGACAAUGCUAGAUGACUAAUGUGAAAAGCAUCAACGUGUAGAUUGUUCAAAUAAAAUACUUAUAAUGUUCAA